AUGGAGACAAUUCGCCGGAAUAAGAAGCCAGUAACAUACAAGACAUACGUCCUGGCGGCACAACACGGUCAAGUUGUCUUACGACGGGCAGACAGAGCAGACAGUGGUCAGACCCAGGACGGGCAGACAGAGCAGACAGUGGACAGACCCAGGACGGGCAGACAGACCCAGGACAGACAGAGCAGACAGUGGACAGACCCAGGACGGGCAGACAGAGCAGACAGUGGACAGACCCAGGACGGGCAGACAGAGCAGACAGUGGACAGACCCAGGACGGGCAGACAGAGCAGACAGACGGGCAGACAGACCCAGGACAGACAGGGCAGACAGUGGACAGACCCAGGACGGGCAGACAGAGCAGACAGUGGACAGACCCAGGACGGGCAGACAGAGCAGACAGUGGACAGACCCAGGACGGGCAGACAGAGCAGACAGUGGACAGACCCAGGACGGGCAGACAGAGCAGACAGUGGACAGACCCAGGACGGGCAGACAGAGCAGACAGUGGACAGACCCAGGACAGACAGACAGACAGGCAGUGGACAGACCCAGGACAGACAGACAGAGACGGGCAGACAGAGCAGACAGUGGACAGACCCAGGACGGGCAGACAGAGCAGACAGUGGACAGACCCAGGACGGGCAGACAGAGCAGACAGUGGACAGACCCAGGACGGGCAGACAGAGCAGACAGUGGACAGACCCAGGACGGGCAGACAGAGCAGACAGUGGACAGACCCAGGACGGGCAGACAGAGCAGACAGACGGGCAGACAGAGCAGACAGUGGACAGGCCCAGGACAGACAGAGCAGACAGUGGACAGACCCAGGACGGGCAGACAGACCCAGGACAGACAGAGCAAACAGUGGACAGGCCAAGGACAGACAGAGCAGACAGUGGACAGACCCAGGACGGGCAGACAGACCCAGGACAGACAGAGCAGACAGUGGACAGACCCAGGACGGGACGGGCAGACAGACCCAGGACAGACAGAGCAGACAGUGGACAGACCCAGGACGGGCAGACAGACCCAGGACAGACAGAGCAGACAGUGGACAGACCCAGGACGGGCAGACAGACCCAGGACAGACAGAGCAGACAGUGGACAGGCCCAGGACGGGCAGACAGACCCAGGACAGACAGAGCAGACAGUGGACAGACCCAGGACGGGCAGACAGACCCAGGACAGACAGAGCAGACAGUGGACAGGCCCAGGACGGGCAGACAGACCCAGGACAGACAGAGCAGACAGUGGACAGACCCAGGACGGGCAGACAGACCCAGGACAGACAGAGCAGACAGUGGACAGACCCAGGACGGGCAGACAGACCCAGGACAGACAGAGCAGACAGUGGACAGGCCCAGGACGGGCAGACAGACCCAGGACAGACAGAGCAGACAGUGGACAGACCCAGGACGGGCAGACAGACCCAGGACAGACAGAGCAGACAGUGGACAGACCCAGGACGGGCAGACAGACCCAGGACAGACAGACAGAGCAGACAGUGGACAGACAGACAUAGCUGAAAGUGGAAUGACCCUGGACAGACAGACAGAACAGACAGUGGAUCGCCCAAGGCAGACACCGUUUCACCGCACCCAAUGA